ACCACAACGAACCGCCAACCCAGUCCCAACUUUUUUCCUCGAAACUCUUUGGGAAAAGAGAAACUCAUUGUUGGUAUACUCAUGAGAACCGUCCACGGGACUAUUAAACUAUAUAGACGUUGGCAUGGACAUGGCGUGAAAUCACGCGUGUAGCUGUGUUCCAUCACCUCUUUUCACGGGGUCGCUGGCGUGCUGGAGCCUAUCCCAGCUAUCUUCGGCCAAGAAGCGGGGUACACCCAGAACUGGUCGCCAUCCAAUCGCAGGGCAAGUACAAGCGCAGGCAGUAUGGCAGAAGGCGAGGAGACCAUGAGUCAAGCGGACUGGAAGGACAAAUGUAUGGUUCUCGAAGCUCUGCUCGUGAAGUUCAGAGUUCAGGUCAUCAAAAUCCGAGAGCUUACUGCUGACAAGAUUCAACAACUGGAGACGCAAGUGAUUGAUGCGGAAAAACGAGCUUUCACCGCUCAGCAGCAGGUGCAGUGGAUGGAGGAGAAGCUGAGGGCUCCAGACGGUCAAUCAGAAGACUCAGAGAAUGUUUGGUUUCAGCGCUGCCAAGAGCUGCAGGCCUUAGUGCAGGAGAAGGAUGACGUCAUCGCCCAGCUGGAGCAGCAGCUGGAAGAGCAGAAACAGUUAAGGCUUCAAGAUGCCAAGACUGUGGAAGAGAAAGCAGCAAAGAUCAAAGAAUGGGUGUUGCAGAAGUUGUCAGAGUUUGAGGAAGAGAACGCUGCACUAAGAAAAAACAACAAACAACAAGAAGCACAGAUUAAUGAGCUAAAGAAGAAAAUGGACGAAUUUGAGCAGAAAUGUUCAGGUAGACGAGCAGUUCUGUGCAGGCCAGGUGAAGCCCACCGGGUUAGCAGCUUGACAUUUGGCUGCUUCCAGGUGAGAGGGAAGAGUGCACAGGUUCUGACAGGGCCCAUUCCCUCCCAAAGGAGCCUCAGCACCGAGGAAGAGAAUGAAGGCAGGGUCAACAUCGACAAUAGAUGUAAGCAGAGAGCCUCCUCAGCCACAAGUGCCGAAGUCCAGAGACCAGAUCAAACUGGACUGCUGGAUACUCGUUUGGAGGAGAAUGAGAACAAGAAUCCAUCAGACUUUGGAGCGAGCAGGUCUGAGUCUUGUAGUGUUUCCUCAGUGCUCUCGAGUGCUGAAGGAGGAGGAGGGUGUGAAGUCAGAGAAGGAGGUCUGGAGUUGAGUCGCGCUGGGAGCGAGGCCUACCUGACAGCCUCGGAUGACAGCAGCUCUCUGUUUGACGGCGACAUGCAACGUGCGGAGCGGCCCAGCUUCAACAUUCUGGGAGCACCUGGGGAAUGUAAAAUGGAGGACUGCCCCUCUGAGGAGCUAAACAAACGAUUCCAGUCGCAGAGACUUGAUUCGUCAUCCUCGUCCAACGAACCGAACACCCCCAGCCCCAUUGUCACACCAGCGCCUACUCCCAAACGACCCAACCUGCCCCAAGACAUUCGAGAUACUCCUGCUUCACCCAAACAGCCCAGACUGCGGACCGCAGCAGGGUCGGGGUUGAUGCAUGUAGCUAUGAUCAAGAAACACCUGAGCCAACCACCAAUCAGCACUGAGGCAGCACACGGGAAAACACGUAAUGCCCUCAGCAUGCUGCGCUCCUCCCAGCCGCAGGAAACUGAUCUUGACCAAGUGCAGGAGGUUGACAUGGAAACAGGCAAGGAUCCGCCCCUGCAGAUCUGCCCCAGCUCUCGUGCCAAACCCAGAACGCUUUCCAUACAGGCCACACCCGUCCCUACUGAGGGCUGUCCAGAAAUAAGCUCAGACAGUCACAGCUCACCUCCUACACCCCCAUUACACAGGCUCCCCUCCUGGGAGAGUCGCAUCUACGCAGUGGCGAAAUCAGGAAUCAGGCUGUCUGAGACAUCCUGCACAGACUCGGCUAGCAAAGACCCCUCUCAGCAAUCCUCCUAUCCUGCAUUUGUAAUAUACACAUCCCUCAUUUAUAAAAACAUGACCACACCCAUUUACACUACUCUGAAGGGGAAAGCCACUCUGCUGAGCAACAACCCAUUCUUAGAUGAGUCAUCCAGUUCCGAGGAGUCAUCCAGUUCUGGAGAGGAGGAUGGUUCGUUAUGCAGUUCCCACACAUCGUCAAGCUCCCACAAGGACAGCAACCCAGGCAGCCCACGCUCUCUCAAAAGAGCUGUGUCCAUGUCUUCAAUGACAUCAGAGAACGACUAUGCCAUCCCGCCUGAUGCGUAUUCCACCGAUACUGAGUGCUCUGAACCAGAGCAGAAAUUCCCGAAAACCUGCACCUCUGCUGGUGACAACAGCAAGAGUGAAUCGAUGGAGAAAUCAGGCUACCUGCUGAAAAUGGUGAAGACUUGGAAGAAAACUUGGAAGAGACGCUGGUUUGUCUUGAAAGAUGGAGAGCUUCUUUACUAUAAAUCCCCAAGCGAUGUGAUCAGGAAACCUCAAGGUCAGAUUGAGGUCAACGCCACCAGCAACAUCACACGAGGAGAAGGAAAACAAGUGCUCCAGAUACUGACAGGGAAGCGAGUAUGCUACCUGAAAGCAGACUCCCCUAACCUGCUCGAUGAGUGGCUCAUGGUGCUGCAGAGUGUGCUGAGAGUCAAAGCUGCAAGUCCACUCUUCACCCAGCCAGAUAUUCGGCCCAGCAUGAAGGGAUGGCUUAUCAAGGUAAAGCAUGGCUCUUCCAAGCGGGUUUGGUGUCCUCUGAUUGGCAAAACUCUGUACUACUUUCGUAGCCAAGAGGACAAGUUUCCACUUGGUCAGAUUAAGCUUUGGGAUGCCCAGGUGGAGGAGAUGGACAGGUCUCGGGACUCGGACGAUGGCCUGAAAGCAUGUGGGGGCGGAUCACAGGUAGUGGCUUUUACUAUCGCCAUCCAUCCACAGGAUCAAGAUCCAAUUUACCUUCUCAUCGAAUCUCACUAUGAGAAGGAUUCGUGGCUGUACCACCUGUGUGUUGCAGCAGGAACCAUGUUGGGGAAAGUCGGCACUGAGUUUGAAAAACUGGUGGGAAAACUCUUUAAAGUGGAUGGAGAUCCAAACUCUCAUAUCUGGAGACACCCAGCAUUAUGUUUCAGUAAGGAGGCUCUAUUGUCCCCCCUGACCACGCUGCCCUCAGAGGCCCUGCAAACAGAGGCUGUCAAACUCUUUAAGACUUGUCAGCUGUUCAUAAAUGUGGCCAUCGAUGCCCCGGCUAUCGACUAUCACGUCUCCCUGGCUCAGAGCGCCCUGCAGGUGUGUCUGACCCACCCUGAGCUUCAGAAUGAGUUCUUCUGCCAGCUCAUCAAGCAGACCCGAAAGAAGCAGCCGCACGGCCACCCGGGCCCCCUGCAGGGUUGGCAGUUUUUAGCCUUGUGUGUUGGACUGUUUCUGCCUCAGCAUCCUUUCUUCUGGCUGCUCCAAGUUCAUCUCAAAAGACAUGGGGACUCCAGGACUGAGGUGGGCAAAUAUGCCAUUUACUGCCAGCGUUCACUGGGACGCACCCAGCAGAAGGGUGAGAGGCAGGCCAGACCAUCCCGCAUGGAGAUCCUGUCUAUUCUGCUCAGGAAUCCCUAUCACCACUCCCUGCCCUUUAGUGUGCCUGUUCACUUCCUUAAUAACACCUACCAGGUGGUCAGUUUUGAUGCGUCAACCACAGUGGAUGAAUUCCAGUGUCGCCUCAACCAGGACACCGGCAUGAGGAAAACGGGGCUGUCAGGUUUCAGUCUGUACACUGAUGACCCUACCGGGCGAGAGGUGGAACACUGCUUGCUUCAAGGGAACGUCAAGAUUUGUGAUAUUAUAUCCAAAUGGGAACAAGUAUCCAAAGAGCAGCACACUGGAAAGUCAGAAAACACCAGAACAGUCCGCCUCACCUACAAGAACAGACUAUACUUCUCCAGCCAGGUGAGGGGGGAGUCAGAGAGGGAAAGAUUGUUGUUGGCCUAUCAGAUCAAUGAGGCCAUUGGAGCAGGACACUUCCCUGUCAACAAGGAGCUGGCUCUGGAAAUGGCUGCCUUACUGGCUCAGGUUGAGGCCGGGGACUUUGAACGUCCCUUCUUGACUUCCAGACCAGUUCAAACUAAGUCCAACCAAACCUUGAAGCAGGUGCUGGACAAGUUCUACCCCAAACACUACCGUUGUACCCCAUCUGAGGAACACCUUAGACAAUUGCUCCAGCGUCUCUCUGGUCGCUGGUCCUCUCUCAGAGGUCGAAGUUCAUCUGAGUGCGUCAGGAUUUACCUGACUGUUGCUAAGAAGUGGCCUUUCUUUGGUGCCAAACUGUUUGAAGCUGAGUCCAUCACUCCCUCUUCAGACCCAGCAGCACGUGUUUGGCUGGCGGUUCACGAAGAUGGUAUCAGUAUUUUGGAGCACAACUCUAUUAAACCACUGGUGUCCCACCCCUACAAAAAUGUGAUGACAUUUGGGGGCUGCAAACAGGACUUCAUGCUUGUGGUGGCACAGAACAACGGUAACAACACGACAAAAGACAAACCGUCAGAGAAUCAUACGUUUGCUAUGGACGUCUCGAAGAUCAGAGAGAUAACCCUCCUCAUCUCCAGCUACAUCAACAGUGCGCAUCAGCAGAAGGCCGCGGCGCAUCACCUCUCCGCCCCUGCUCUCAUGGUGGCACAGCCUGUCAGCCUGAAGUGCCAAAGAGCUGAGGAGCAAGUCUCCACCAGCGCUGUGUUGCAGUAAGGCCCCCACCUUGUUGUGACAGCGAAGUCCUGCUUUCGCUUUAUAGAAACGGUCACAUCUGUGCCCUCUACAGGGAGCACUCGAACAUUUCCCUGCACACAAUGUCUGGGAGUUGUCUUACCACUUGAAAGCGAUUCAGCAAGCCUUAUGGGUACAAAGGUACAAAACUAUUCUGAAGCAUUUUCCUUAUGAGUGUUGCCGUCGAAUGUGCUGGCUGAAGAGUCAACACUGUUUACUGAUUGACGAAGCGAAUGUUCUCAAGAGCAUUAAUCUUUGCUGUCUGGUGCAUUUUAAUGUACAAACACUGUGGUUGCAGGAGGAGGAAAGGGGGAUUUAAAAAAAAAAUAAAAAUGACAAAGGCUACGGAUUUGCAUAGUUUUUGUGUAGCACAGUGCCUGCACUAGUGCAUACUAUUCUGUAAUUGUAGGUUGUGUUAUGUAAGAAAUAAUGAAAGCUCAUGAAAGUAGACAUGAACGACCAGUUUCAAGUGGUGAAAAAUGCCGUAAAACGUGAGGCACAACAUGAACAGGCAGAACAUCUAACAAUACAGGAGGAGGAGGACAAAAUUGUGUUCAUAAAAAUCGUAAUACUAUUGGAUUGACACUACCAGAGUCUAGCAGUCAUUAAAUUAAUAAUACAAUACUGUUUAGUAUUCUAUAGCUACAGUGCUUUACAACUUCACUGCAUCAUACUGAGAUGUGUUUUUGAUCAUUUCCCUUUCUCCUAAAGCUCUUGUAUUCGAUGUCGUUAGAUUGUGUACACCUAAUUUUCUGGCUGAAGUAUUUAAGUAUUAAAAUGGAGAGCAGAAAUGGAAAGGAAGUUGUCGAUAUGGUGACCUGGUCAGGCAGAAGGACUCGCUGGAAAAGAGUAACAAACCUGCACGGAAAUGUGCUUUGCAGUUACUGAUUAACCAGGAGGGAAAGGAAACUAACACCCGUAAUAGGAAUAGUUAAGGCCUUCUUAAAGCCACAGAACGAUGUUCUGUGUCGUUUUGCACUUUGCAACAUUUACCACACAUGGCAUGCUAUUAAAACUGGAAAUAUAAUUCAUUUAAUGUAAGGGUACUUUCAUAAAUUCUCCCAUUGAUGCUUGUUUAUAAGGCAUUUGUCCGAAUGCAUUAUAUUCAAAUGAUAUCUGGAACAUGUGUAAGUGAAGAAACUAUGACAAAUAA